GGCUACCAGGCCCAGUUCACGAUGAUGGACAAGGUCAAGGAGUACCUUGAAACCCUCUCGGUAACCGUCAGCGAGAAGCUGCACAUCCACGCAGCUGAGGUCCAUCAUGAAGAUCUCCCGCACGGCAAUGCCGAGAGCUCUGCAGCUUCGACCACUGAAACCGGCACGGUCACACCUUCAUCCGUCCGAUCCGUUGUGCCUUACCGCCUGAACAUGCUCAUCCCGCCCAUGAACUACGGCGCCGUAGUCCCUGGAAGCAUCUAUCGCUGCAGCUAUCCUCACCCCGAAAACUACGAGUUCAUCAAGGAUCUCAAAAUCAGGAGCAUCCUUACCCUGGUCCCCGAGCCCAUCGCGCCCGAGUACCAGUCUUUCAUGGACGACGCCGGCAUCCAGCACUUCCGAGUCCACAUCCGCGCAAACAAAGGCGAAGUGCGCAUCGACUCGUGCGAAAUGCAGCGAGCUCUGCGCUUGAUCAUGGACCGCACAAAUCACCCCCUUAUGAUCCACUGCAACAAGGGCAAGCACCGCACCGGCUGCACUGUAGCAUGCUUCCGUCGGAUCUGUGGCCUCGACAUGGAGCUCAUCCGCGAGGAGUACCACACGUAUGCCGGCAAGAAGGCGAGGUUCCUCGACGAAGUCUUCUUCGAGAACUUCAAUCUCAACCUCGUCAUGUGGAUGGCGCGGCAAGAAGGCUGGGCCGGCAGCAAGAUCGAU